AGUAGUAGUAGAAGAAGAAGAAGAAGAAGAAGUAGUAGUAGUAGUAGUAGUAGUAGUAGUAGUAGUAGUAGUAGUAGUAGUAGUAGUAAUAGUAGUAGUAGUAGUAGUAGUAGUAGUAGUAGUAGUAGUAGUAGUAGUACAGGUACUAGUAGUAGUAGUAGUAGUAGUACUAGUAGUAGUAGUAGUAGUAGUAGUAGUAGUAGUAGUAGUAGUAGUAGUAGUAGUAGUAGUAGAAGUAGUAGCAGUAGUAGUAGGAGUAGUAGUAGUAGUAGCAGGAGUAGUAGUAGUACUAGCAGGAGUAGUAGUAGCAGUAGUAGAACCAGUAGCAGUAGCAGCAGCAGCAGUAGUAGUAGUAGUAGUAGUAGUAGUAGUAGUAGUAGUAGUAGUAGUAGUACUAGUAGAAGAAGAAGAAGAAGAAGAAGAAGAAGAAGAAGAAGUAGUACUACUACUAGUAGUAGUAGUAGUAGCAGUAGCAGUAGCAGCAGCAGCAGUAGUAGUAGUAGUAGUAGUAGUAGUAGUAGUAGUAGUAGUACUAGUAGUAGUAGUAGUAGUAGUACUAGUAGAAGAAGAAGAAGAAGAAGAAGAAGAAGAAGAAGAAGAAGUAGUAGUAGUAGUAGUAGUAGUAGUAGUAGUAGUAGUAGUAGUAGUAGUAGUAGUAGUAGUAGUAGUAGGAGUAGUACUAGUAGUAGCAGUAGUAGCAGUAGUAGCAGUAGCAGCAGAAACAGUAGC